UUCUACGUCAUCAGCAGGCGUCCAAGCGGGAAAUCAACGGUUCGGAAACCGGAGUUUCCAAAAGAACUGGGGGAUUCUUUUCACCGAGCUGCUGGUUAAACUGGGUGCUGGUUCUGCUGCAGACUGCCGUCAUGGCCAACAGGAAGCGGCUGUCCAACACCCAGAGCUCCUCUCAGGCCAGAAAGCAUCCUGGCAGCUCGAUGACUCAGGAGGACGAUGAUGACGUCACCUUCACUCAGCCCAGCACGUCUCAGGUCCAGAGAGGUCUGGAGAAAGUCACCGAGGCUCAGGUCGAACAGAAGACGGCUGAGGUGGUUCAGUACUUCCUGGUCAAAGAGCAGAAGAAGGUUCCGGUUCGUCGAGCAGAUCUUGUGAAACACGUGUUGAAGGAGCACAGAAACAUUUAUCCUGAGAUCCUAAAGAGAGCAGCUCGGACCUUAGACCAGGUGUUUGGUUUAAAACUGGUAGAAAUCGACCCCAAAAACCACCUGUACAUCCUCAUCAACAACCUGGAGCCGAGUGACGGAGCUUCACCCAUCAACAGCCCCGCCGAUCCUAAGAGAGGUCUGCUGUUCGUCAUCCUCAGCGUGAUCUUCAUGAAGGGAGGCGUCGUCAGAGAAAACGUCAUCUGGAACCUGCUGAAGAAGCUGCGUGUGGAUCCGGGAGAGAAGCACGAAGACUUUGGAGACGUGAAGAAGGUCGUCACAGAUGAGUUCGUACGUCAGAGGUACCUGGAGUUUGUGCGAAUCCCUCACACCGAGCCGGUCGAACACGAGCUCCGCUGGGGCCAACGCGCUGAAAAGGAAGUGUCCAAAACCAAAAUCCUGGACGUCAUGGGCGAACUCCACGAACGGGACCCUCAGAGCUGGAGUCAGCAGUACCGAGAAGCUCAUUCCAGCCAGAACUCCACCCAGCAGCCUGGAAGCAGCAGCCAGAGAUGACUGCACACUCUGUACUCGCCUUCAGUUAUUUAUUCUGGGUUAGAGAGACGCUGCAGCAGCAACGGACAUGUUAGCUAGAGUCAUUUAGUACAAGUUCCCCCCAAACCUCCUCAGAACAUCUGGUUCUUCAUCUGCAGUAACUUUAUCAAUGAUCAGAGUUUCAGGUCCUUGAAGUCCACAGAGGAAAACAUUCUCUGUAGAAAGUUCUAGAGUAGACGUCAGUAGAUCUACUCUAGAACUUUCUCCAGGGGACGUUCUUCUUUUCUGCUUCCAGUCUAAGUUUAGUCUCAGAACAUUCCAGGUCCUUGAAGUCCAUAGAGGUGGGUCCAGAAGGACUAGAAAUUGUAGUAAACAGCUGAAAUUCAUGGAAAAUGCUUCAGAACUUUCCCUAAAUGACUUGAAAGUUGAGGAAAAUGACACAAACCCGCCUACUGUGGAGAUGAAGAACCUGAUGGUUCUGAAGAGGUACAGAUUGAUUUUUUUU